AUGAACGUUCCGACUUCCCUCUAUAGUCCUGGCAGCCUUGGAGACCAUGCAAAAGUAACAGGCCGGUCGGUUGGAGAAAAGAGAGCCGCUGAGGAUAUUUCGGUCAGCCCGAGACCGACAAAAUCCAGUCGGUUAGAAGGAACCACGACAGGGCUUUCAGGUAGAACGUUUUCGGACGGUGAACCGGAGGACAGUGCUGGAGGCCGCUAUGGACCCAGUAGUCCUCAAGCCAUGGGGCCGGCCAGAUAUGUAUUCAGUGAACUCCCCGACAACGAACCCGAAGCGUUCCGCAUUCUGGAACUCCAACCAGGCCGGUGGUGCGACCGGCUUCGCUGCUCCAUCAUAACGAAGACAAUAACGACCGCUCCUCCCUUCGAAGCCCUCUCCUAUACUUGGAAGCAAACGGACCACGAUGAAGGCGAUUAUGAAUCUCCGUGUGAGUAUGAGAACGAGGACAAGGACGAGAAUGAGGGCGAUGAACAUGUCGACGUGCUUGGAGACAAUGGCUCCGGACACAGCGGCGAGCACGGUAUUGCGAAUGAUAGCGACGAUGGAGAUGGUGCUUACCUGACCAUUGACUGUCAUAAUGGUUGGCUUCCGAUCGGUCGUGGACUGUUCAAUGCACUGCGGCGGUUGCGGUCUCGAACAGAGAAGAGACUCCUCUGGGUUGAUCAAAUAUGCAUCGACCAGCAAAACAUACAAGAAAGAUCCAAACAGGUCCAGAUUAUGCGCCACAUAUAUGCCGCUGCGGAAAAGGCUCUUCUCUGGACAGGCGAGGAAAAAUGGUGGACGCAGGGGGCCUUGGAUAUUUUCGACAAGAUAUACAACAAAUACAUCACGACCUACUUGAAGCCCAUAGACGGGACCUACCUUUCGGAGUUAGCGAGUGCUGUGUUGCAGCACGGGAUCCAUCCGGACGAUUACCUCCGAGUGUUUGAUGAGUUACUCUUUGAGGGUUGGGACUUCGCGGGGAUGGACCACCCUGCCUUGCCGAGCGUUACUGAUGUGCUUGACCUUCCGUUGCGGAUACCCCCAUGGGGAGGGGUAGUCGACUUCUUCACUCGACCCGUUUUCAGAAGGGUAUGGAUCAUCCAAGAAAUUUGUGUUGCUCGGGAGGUCACUGUCGUUUGUGGGGGGUUCCAAAUGCCUUGGGCUAUGGCGUCGACAGUAGCGAGCCUCAUUAUUAAAUUGGCAUGGGUACGCAACAACACGGAGCUUUUCACCAUGCUCAGCAGCAGCAUCGGCUUGGAGACUUUGGGGGCAAUUGACCAUUUGAGAAGGCGACGCAUAAGUUUUCAUCUCGGGUGGACCGGCCGCCUCUGGAGCACCAGGGGCUACGCCAGUUUGGCGGACGAAUUCGAGGCUACCGAUCCGAGAGACAAGGUAUACGCGAUACUGGGAAUCUUGACAAAGGAUAUUCAAGAAGGUCAGCUGUUAAUAACUCCCGACUACACACAAGGAGUUCUACCAAUAUUCCGGAAUUUUGCGAAAGCUGUUCUGUCUCGCCAGCCAAAGUUAGACCUCCUCUACUACGUGUUCGAGCAACCUUUACGGACGAUAUUGGACUUGCCAUCAUGGGUCCCAGACUUUAGCUGCUCUCAAUGCCGUACCGAACGGCUCUCGACGUCAGAAUAUCUUGCUGCUGGUACAUCUGACGCCGACAUACAGUGGGCAGACUCGGCUGAACAAGAUGUUAUGAUGCCUUUAGCCUGCUAUAUUGGUACCAUUAGGGCAAUAGUUAACACGGGAGAUGGACAGAUAUCUGACGAGUUCCAAAGAUUUAGAUUAUGGACGGACUUUGCGGCAAGAUCCCUAGACAAUGGAUAUCCUACUGGCGAAGAUGUUAUCUCGGUCUUCUGGCGCACUUGUGUUGCGGGUCUCUCUGAAGAUGGCAAGUUCCCGGCAACACCAGAGUCAUUCAGUCGGUUCUCCUGGUGCUGGCGCAAAAUCUUUGACGGAAACGACAACAGCGUUCGCCAUUGUCACAAUCAGAUACUGUCUUCAAUUCACCAUCAGAUCGAACUAAAUGGAAGCGAAGAAGACGGGCCGGACGAUAUUUCGUCAAUGAGAUGGAUCAAGCCGCUAACAGGAAGCCGUCUUUACAUCACCAAUCGCGGUUAUCUUGGCCUCUGCUCCCCUUGCUCUGCCGAGGGAGAUGCUGUCUUUAUCUUUUCAGGUGGCCCUGUACCUUUCAUUCUUCGACGACAUGAGCCAAAGACGCCUGACGCGGAAGAGAUGUUUUCACUCAUUGGGUCUACAUACAUCCAUGGAUUCAUGUCAGGUGAGGCUUUGUCGCAGGAAGGCUUUGCAUGGAAGAGGAUCCGAGUUCAAUAA